AUUCAGUAUAAAAAUCAUGAAGACAAUAUUACUUUUAAUCGUGAUAACAUGUGCUGCAGUGCAAGCUAUUUCUUUCUUUGAAUUGGUGAAUCAAGAAUGGAUUAAUUUUAAGAUGGAACAUAAAAAAUGUUAUAAACAUGAGGCAGAAGAAAGAUUAAGAAUGAAAAUAUAUAUGAAAAACAAACUUCAAAUUGCUCAACAUAAUUGUGAUUAUGAACUGAAAAAAGUUACGUACAGGUUAAAAAUAAACAAAUAUGGAGAUAUGCUUAAUCAUGAAUUUAAAAAUAUGUUAAAUGGGUACAACAGGACCAUAAAUCACACAUUGAGAAAUGAAAGAUUACCUGUAGGUGCUGCAUUUAUUGAACCAUGUAACGUAGAAUUACCUAAAAUGGUAGAUUGGAGAAAAUGUGGUGCUGUCACCGAGGUUAAAGAUCAAGGACAUUGUGGUUCAUGCUGGGCAUUCUCUGCUACUGGAUCAUUAGAAGGUCAACACUUCAGACGAACAGGAGUUCUUGUUUCUUUAAGUGAACAGAAUUUAAUUGAUUGUUCUGGAAGCUAUGGUAAUAAUGGAUGUAAUGGCGGGUUAAUGGAUCAAGCUUUUUCUUAUAUCAAAGACAAUAAAGGGUUAGAUACCGAAAAAACUUAUCCAUAUGAAGGUGAAGAUGAUAAAUGCAGAUACGAUAAGCGGAGCAGUGGUGCUUCUGAUGUUGGUUUUGUAGAUAUCCCUGUAGGAGAUGAACAAAAACUGAAAGCAGCAGUAGCUACUGUAGGACCAGUAUCUGUUGCUAUAGAUGCUUCUCAUCAAUCUUUUCAAUUUUAUUCUGAUGGAAUUUAUUUCGAACCCGAAUGUUCUUCAACAAAUCUAGAUCAUGGUGUACUAGUAGUAGGAUAUGGAACUGAUGAAGAAGGUCGAGAUUAUUGGAUAGUGAAAAAUAGUUGGGGCGAAAGUUGGGGUGAGAAGGGAUACAUUAAAAUGGCCAGAAACAUAGACAACCAUUGCGGUAUUGCUUCCUCUGCUAGCUAUCCUAUUGUUGGAUCUCGAGGAUAACGAUUGUCCUCAAAAGUAAUUUUAAGAUACAAGCGAAUAUGAAUUACAAACUUCUGAUGAUUUUCCAUAACUUAAUUUUAUGCAUUUGUAUAUUUUACAUUUAAGUUUUAGUUUUUACAUCCAAUAAAUAAAUAUAUAUUUUUUGAAU